CAAUUUCUAAAUGGUAUAAAUAGAAGCGAAAGAAAAUUUUCAAUUCAUUCGAAAUCAGUUUGGGAAGCUUCAUAGCUGGCUGCUUGGACUGUGAAAACUUAGAUUAAAUUCUUUCUAAUUUAUAUUUGUGAAAAAAAUCUUAUAAAACUUCAAUCAAUAUGCGUGAAUGUAUCUCUAUCCAUGUUGGUCAAGCUGGUGUCCAGAUCGGUAACGCCUGCUGGGAGUUGUACUGUUUGGAACAUGGAAUCCAACCUGACGGUCAAAUGCCAUCUGACAAGACCGUCGGAGGAGGUGAUGACUCAUUCAACACUUUCUUCAGCGAAACCGGCGCUGGCAAACAUGUACCCCGUGCAGUGUUCGUCGAUUUGGAACCCACUGUAGUGGAUGAAGUCCGCACAGGAACCUACCGUCAAUUGUUCCAUCCCGAACAAUUGAUCACCGGAAAGGAAGAUGCCGCCAACAACUACGCCCGUGGUCAUUACACAAUUGGAAAGGAAAUCGUCGAUUUGGUUUUGGACAGGAUCCGUAAAUUGGCUGACCAAUGUACCGGACUCCAAGGUUUCUUGAUCUUCCACUCGUUCGGUGGUGGUACCGGUUCCGGAUUCACCUCCCUUUUGAUGGAACGUCUGUCUGUUGAUUACGGAAAGAAGUCCAAGUUGGAAUUCGCCAUCUAUCCAGCCCCACAAGUGUCGACAGCUGUUGUUGAACCAUACAACUCGAUUUUGACUACCCAUACCACUUUGGAACAUUCCGACUGCGCCUUCAUGGUCGACAAUGAAGCCAUCUAUGACAUCUGCCGCAGGAACUUGGACAUUGAGCGCCCAACCUACACCAACUUGAAUCGUUUGAUCGGCCAAAUUGUGUCAUCUAUCACCGCCUCGUUGCGUUUCGAUGGUGCAUUGAACGUCGAUUUGACUGAAUUCCAAACUAACUUGGUGCCCUACCCACGUAUCCACUUCCCAUUGGUUACCUACGCUCCAGUCAUCUCUGCCGAGAAGGCUUACCACGAGCAAUUGUCUGUUGCCGAAAUUACCAACGCCUGUUUCGAGCCAGCCAACCAGAUGGUCAAGUGCGAUCCUCGUCAUGGCAAAUACAUGGCCUGCUGCAUGUUGUACCGUGGUGAUGUUGUCCCCAAGGAUGUCAACGCUGCUAUCGCAACCAUCAAGACUAAGCGUACCAUCCAAUUCGUUGACUGGUGUCCAACCGGUUUCAAGGUCGGUAUCAACUACCAGCCCCCAACUGUUGUUCCAGGUGGUGAUUUGGCCAAGGUUCAACGCGCCGUGUGCAUGUUGUCCAACACCACAGCCAUCGCUGAGGCAUGGGCUCGUCUCGAUCACAAAUUUGACUUGAUGUACGCCAAGCGUGCUUUCGUCCACUGGUAUGUCGGUGAAGGUAUGGAAGAAGGUGAAUUCUCCGAAGCUCGUGAGGAUUUGGCUGCUCUCGAAAAGGAUUACGAGGAAGUCGGUAUGGAUUCUGGAGAUGGAGAAGGCGAAGGUGCUGAGGAAUAUUAAGUUAUUUCAUUCAUUUAGAAGAAGACACCCAAGAGUCUUUUUUCGAAUCAAGACAUGAGAUUGAAAUUGAAAUAAAAACAUCAAUAAUUUCAAGUUAAAA